AUGUCUACUAAACUUCUUGCACUUUCUCUUUCAUUCUGUUUUCUACUUUUGGGUGGCUGUUUUGCUCUCAGAGAACAGUCCCAACAAAAUGAGUGUCAGCUAGAACGCCUCGAUGCCCUUGAACCAGAUAACCGUAUAGAGUCAGAAGGUGGACUCAUUGAGACUUGGAAUCCAAACAACAGGCAAUUCCGAUGUGCAAGAGUGGCACUCUCUCGUGCUACCCUUCAACGCAAUGCCCUUCGCAGACCUUACUAUUCCAAUGCUCCCCAAGAAAUUUACAUCCAACAAGGUAAUGGAUAUUUUGGCAUGGUAUUCCCUGGUUGUCCUGAGACCUUUGAGGAGCCACAACAAUCUGAGCAAGGAGAAGGACGCAGGUACAGAGACAGCCACCAAAAGGUUAACAGAUUCAGACAGGGUGAUAUCAUUGCAGUUCCUACUGGUAUUGUAUUUUGGAUGUACAAUGACCAAGAUAUUCCAGUUAUUGCCAUUUCUCUUACUGAUACUGGCAGCUCCAAUAACCAGCUUGAUCAGAUGCCUAGGAGAUUCUAUCUUGCUGGGAAUCAAGAGCAAGAGUUUCUACGAUACCAACAUCAACAAGGAGUAAAGGAAGAACAAGACAAUGACGGGAACCAAGAGCAAGAGUUUCUACGAUACCAACAUCGACAAGGAGUAAAGGAAGAACAAGACAAUGACGGGAACAACAUUUUCAGCGGCUUCAACAGGGAUUUCUUGGAAGAUGCUUUCAACGUGAACAGGCAUAUAGUAGACAGACUUCAAGGCAGGAACGAAGAGAGGGGAGCCAUUGUCAAAGUGAAAGGUGGUCUCAGCAUCAUAACCCCUCCGGAGAGGCAAGCGCGCCACCCGAGAGGCAGCAGACAAGAAGAAGAUGAAGAUGAAGAUGAAGAUGAAAAGGAAGAGAGACAACCAAGCCAUCAUAAAAGCAGAAGAGGUGAAGAUGAAGACGACAAAGGUGAAAGCAGAAGGCAUGGAGACAAUGGGCUUGAGGAAACCGUUUGCACUGCCAAACUUCGGCUGAACAUUGGUUCAUCUUCAUCGCCAGACAUCUACAACCCUCAAGCUGGUAGAAUCAAAACUGUUACCAGCCUUGACCUCCCAGUUCUCAGGUGGCUCAAACUAAGUGCUGAGCAUGGAUCUCUCCGCAAAAAUGCUAUGUUUGUGCCUCACUACAACCUCAACGCAAACAGCGUAUUAUACGCAUUGAAGGGACGUGCAAGGCUACAAGUUGUGAACUGCAAUGGCAACACUGUGUUUGAUGGAGAGCUAGAAGCCGGUCGUGCAUUGACAGUGCCACAAAACUAUGUUGUGGCUGCAAAAUCAUUGAGCGACAGGUUCACAUAUGUAGCAUUCAAGACAAAUGACAGAGCUGGUAUUGCAAGACUAGCAGGGACAUCAUCAGUUAUAAAUGAUCUGCCUUUGGAUGUAGUCGCAGCUACAUUCAACCUGGAGAGGAAUGAGGCAAGGCAGCUCAAGUUCAACAAUCCUUCCAGAUUUCUAGUUCCACCACGCGAGUCUGAGAAGAUUUCUAGUUCCACCACGCGAGUAUGA